AUGGACGAGGAGCCCCACGACCAGCCAUCUCUGGCAAACGCCACGCCCCCCGCCAACAACGAUAACUCUACGCUCACGGAGCCUGGCAACGAGAACCCAGCGAACGCAUCUGUCGGUCCGUCAGAAGCCACCGAGGCCGAGGAAAUCCCCUCACUUGACACGCUCUCCAAGGAACCCUACCGCACCCACCGCAAAUGGUUUCCCAAGUACGGCCGGGUGCAGAAGUGUGACUGGUGCAACGCCCGGGCUCCGGGCACCCUCCAUGUCUGCGUCCAGUGCUCUAUCCGAAUGUGUGAGGACUGUGCCCGGAACCGGCUCUGGCACCGCAACCGGACUCACUUCAUCGAUGCCGAUACCUUGGACUGGGUCAUGAAGAAGAUUCCGAGAGCACCCAGGCCUAAGCUGCCUAAGCAGCCGAAGUCAACCAAGCUGAAGGUCCCGUCUAAGCGGAGUGCCGCCCCGGACAGCCCUGACCAGAGGCCUCGGACUCUCCCCGCCGCUCGUCGUGUCAAGUUCGAGGAUGAGGACGAAGAUGAGGAUGAAGAAGACGAUGGCGACUGGGCCGGUCAUGGCAAUAACUUUGACAGAGCCCGUACCAGUCAGCCGCACUUUAAUGCGUCUGUCCAUCCUCACUAUGGCUACGGCCACCCUCACCAUCAGCAGAUGCCCAACUACUACGAUUACAACCAGGAAGCUCUUCGUUACCAGCAGGCGGUCGCGCAUGGCGGCUACGCUCCGUAUGGUAGACCGGAACCGCCUUUGCCUGGUUACCAUGACCCUAGGGUCCCACCUCCAGCUGCCCCUUCUACGACCGACUUCGGCACUCGUCGGGGUGGUCGACAGGCAGCUGCCAAGGCCAGGCAGAGUAUCAGCGAGCAGUCUCGCCGUGAUGACGAUGACGCCAGUGAGACUGGGGUGGAUGACGAGUUGGGUCCUCGACAUCAUCAAGACGACAGCGAAGUUCACAAGGAAAAGAGCAACAAGAACCGUCGCCGCAGCGAUCAGGACACCGGCAGCGUCUCCCAGUCGAGCACUGAACGUGGCCGCGCUUCUACCAUCCAUGUCGGUGCUGCGCAGGGCAAUCGCAUGUCGGUUGGCCCGCCGGAGAUCUCAGCCCGGGAGCGUGAGCACGACCGCCUUAUCGUCGACGUCUACAACUGGGCGUACGGGAACAAACCCAGCCUAAACCCUCACCGCGUCCGCACGCACAUCCCCGACCGGUGGUUCGGUCCCCGGGAGGCCUUGGUUCCGCCGUACUAUCCUCGUGAACCGGGCCCGUAUGGCCAUGGCCCGAACCCUCCUCUCCACCCGGCCUAUCCUCACGGGCAGUACCAUGUCAAGAAUCAACACCAGCACUUAUACGCACCGCCGGGGUACUCAUAUCCUGCCCACCAACAGCCCUACCAGGAGUACCACCAAUACCCCAUCCACCCGCAAUACCCACCCCCCCACGGCCACGCCACCAACACCACCAACACCACCACCACCACCACCCACCCCUCAACCGCACCCGCAUCCGCACCCGCACCCGCAACCGCAACAACCCGCCCAGCGGCACCCGUCCACCACCAGCACCAGCUCCCUCCCCAGCAGCCGCACGCCUCGGCCGCCGACCGCAUGCUGCUCGAGGAGAUGUGCCGCGCGUGGACGCACAACGCGGUGCUCCAGCGCCUGGUGGCGUCCAACCACCGCGUGUACGCGAUCCAGCUGCUGUGGGACGUGUGCGAGCUGCGGCGGCGCGUGGCGUUUGGUGUUGGCGAUGACCAUCAGGGCAAUACUGGUGGCGGUGAGGGCGGUGGUGUGGGUGGUGUGGUCGGUGAUGCGGCGGCGUAUGCCUCGUCGCAGACGGUGCGGUGGUUUGUCGCCGAGCGCGAUAGUCAGUUUAGGCUGGAGUAUGAGCAGAACCAGCGCGUGGCGAGGGGGCGGGAGAGGGAGAGGGAGUGGGAGGCGGAGGAGGCAAGGGCAAGGGAGCAGGAGCGGGAGCUGGAGCAGGAGCAGGAGCGUGGGCAGGAGCGUGCGUUGCCGACGCGCAGCAGUGGUGGUGGCCCGUCGUCGGUGUCGGGGCAGCAGCGCGUUCACCGCCACCGCCGCAGGGGCAGCGUUGUGUCGUCGGGUGCUGCUGCUGGGUCGGAGCAGGACGCCAUGGAGGAUGGUGAGGAGACGGAGAGUGAGGAGUGA